CAGUGGGAUUUUAACGCUCAGUUUUGGUUGCGCGGCCGCUGCGAGCAGUUGUUGCUGGACUUGCUGCGUUCGCCCCCCAAUUUUGUUUUCUACGCCCCACUGUUUUCUCCCCCUUUGGUUGCGCCCCUGAACGCGUGUGGUUUACGUUAGAGAGAAAGAGAGUGAGAGAGAGAGCGAGCAAUCUACGGCAAUCGACGUGCAGGAGAGCGGGACGGAGGCAUGUGCUGGGUCACAAUGGCACGCAAGGACGAUCCCGUUUUUAACGUGCGGUUCGUGCAAUUCGUCGAAAAUCAGCCCUGUUUGUGGAAUUAUACGCAUCCGGGGUACAGCAAAAAGGAGGAGGUGCAGAGGGCGUGGCAGCAGGUGGCCAAUGAGAUCAAGGACACGGUGCGCAACUGUCGCGAGAGGUGGCGCACCAUUAGGAGCAGCUUCCUCCGAUCCUUGAAGCUGGCUCGCACACAAACGGGCCGCGGCAAGCGCAAAUACUACCUGUCCAAGUACCUGCAGUUCCUCAUUCCCUACACCAAGUCCCGUUCCUGCCACAAGCAGCUGCCGGCGGGGACCGCACCUGGUAACAAUUCCGCGGCUGGGAUGGUGCUCCGAAAGCCAGGCAAUACCUCCAGUGGCAUGGCCAUGUAUCAGCAGGAUCCAAAUCAGCAGGAUGAUGACGAGGAGGCCAAGGAGAGUGACAGCGAACUGCCGCUGGAUGUGCAGGUUUCCGAGGAGGAGGAGGCGGAGGACCAUUCAAGGCGGGAUACGGAUCGGGAUCAGAAUCGGGAUCAGGAACAACAGCAACCCACCGCCUGUCUGCCGGUCCGCCUUCAAGCCAUCAAAGUGGAGCAGCCCUCCCUCAAUCCACAUGCGAAUGCCCAGCUGGACAGGCUCGUGGGCCAUCAUCCGUCGCUGGUCUCAGUGCCCGCCGCUGCAUUGGGUAACCACCUGGACUGGACGGAUCUGACGCAGUGGUUCAAGGGCAACGCCAAUGGCAAUGGCAAUGGCAACGGCAACAGCAGUCACCUUAGCCACCUGAAUCCACACAAGUUAGCAACACCACCGCCACCGCCGGCCACGCCAGCGUUGGGAGCCUUGACCGGAGGACCCAUGUCCAUUCCUUCGCCACCAGAUGCCGACUACUCGUUUCUGAUCAGCCUGCAUCCGUACCUUAAGGAGAUGAGCGGCAAGCAGAACCGACGAUUUCGCCAGAAAGUCAUCGGCCUCAUCGACAAUGUCCUGGAUAACAUAGAUGUCUAGUUUGGGAAAUAGUCUACACAGGGAAAAAGUCAUAACAGUUGGAACAGUGAUAGGCAUUAAACAAAAAUAUCAUUCGAAACGGGUUCUUAAAACUA